GAAGGUGUUCGACCUCGAUGACGAGAAAAAGGCAAAGAGAGUGACAAUUGAACUCGACAUCGUAAAUGAUCCCGUGUCUAUAAGGGAUUACUCAGAAGGUACGGAUCCGACUAAGGUCCGACUGGAAAAAAUCAGUCGUGGACCUCUGACAGCUAACUGGAAGGACACCGAAACAAGGUUUAUGACGGUGUACAUGUUCGAGGAAAUAAAAAUCAAAUUUUUUGGGCAGCAACAACGGGCUCAGAAGGUUAUCAGCAAGGCUAGUACUCGAACUUAUAUCAACUUCUACCGGACCCUCAUCUGUAGUCUGGACGAGUGGUAUGGGAUGACUAUGAUGGAUAUCAGAGAGCUUGAAGAAAAAACCAAAAAGGAUCUAGAUGAGGCUCGAGACUCUGGUGAAGUCCGUGGGAUGAAGGUCAAAUAGUUCAUAUGGAUGUCUUCCCUACUUCUAUCAGAUUUCUUAACACUGAUAAAGUCAUUUGAUUCAAAGUAUAUGGCUCUCGCAUUAUACAAGUAAAUAUUAACGAAAACGAUGAAGAUAAAGAUAUGAUCGACUCCUGAAAUGUGUGGCU